GAAAAUCGGUGUUGGCGAACUUUGUUUCGGAGAGCGUGGAAGGGAUUGGCAGCUACAGCCCGACGCAAGGUGUGAGGAUCCUGGAGUACGAGAAGCCGAACUGGAAUGGUAACACUAAGGGAGCUGGGUGUCGGUUCGAGCUGUGGGAUUGCAGUGGUGAUCAAAAGUUUGAAACAUGCUGGCCAGCUCUGAUGAAGGACUCUCAUGGCGUAAUAAUAAUCUUCAAUCCUGAGCUGCCCAGUCACCUGAAAGAAAUUGAAAUGUGGUACUCCUGUUUUGUGCAGCAGCAGCCACUGCUUGAUAGUCAGUGUCUCCUUGUCGCACAUCACAAGCCAGGCAGUGCGGGGGACACGGAAAAUCUGUCCUUGGCUUACCCGCUGAACAAGGUAAAAUUAAUACAUUCCAACUUAGAAGAAGAUCCUGAAGAUGUUCGCAUGGAAUUUAUGAAAUACUUCAAAAGUAUCAUCAUCUUAAUAAAUGAGAGCCGAGAGAGGGAAGAAAUGUCAAUUAUCUCGUAACAUUAAAGGAAUACUGAACAGGGAAGAAAAAUGAUUAUUUUUACUUUGCCAGCUAUACUAGCCUGUGAACAAGUCCUAACAAUGAGAAUUUGCCAGCCUAUAAACACUUCAGAGAAAAUAAUGCACAAUUUAUUAUUUAACCAGAAAAAAACCCAAGUGCUGACAUCAAAUGAACUGUGCUGCCAAAGAGAUGGCUGCACAUC